AUGGAGAAAUGGGUCAAAGUAAAAGUCCUCGGCGAAGGUUCAUAUGGAGUAGUAUGGCUGGAGAAGGGAGAGCAAGGGGCGGUUCGGGCUGUGAAACAAAUUUCCAGAGCAAAUACUACCCUCAACCAACGAGAGCGACAUGCCUUGACAGAACUGAAAGGGUACCCCGACUCCUUUGUAGAGCUGUUCGAAUCCGGAUGCUAUGAGGACCAAAAUAACAUCUACUUAGCGAUGGAAUACAUCGAGCAUGGCGACCUAAUGGGCGUCGUUAAGAACCGUCAAGGCAGCAUCUCUGAGAACGAAAUAAAAUCGAUUACAAGGCAGCUACUCACUGCCUUAAAAAUUAUGCACAGUAAAAACUUUUGUCAUCGUGACUUGAAACCCCAGAAUAUCUUGGUGGCCUCGAUAUCACCAAUUAAAGUAAAAGUCGCCGAUUUUGGCGUUACGAAGCAAGCCUCGGAUAGCACCCAGCUACGAACGGUAGUGGGAACAUGGGGUUACAUGGCCCCUGAGGUCCUAGGCUUUUCUGAUGCCGAGACCUCUGGGUACACAAGCUCUGCAGAUAUCUGGUCACUUGGGUCUUUACUGCACUUUAUGUUUACGAAUGAAGUCCCGUUUCCAGACAAUCGAAAACUGAUCAAUUACGCUCGGGGGAAUAACGCACAGUUUCCGACAGAAAAACUGCAAAAUUCUCAACACAACGAGGACGACCCUCCGGAUGUGGGAAAUAUACAUAUAGCCCGUGUGGCUUUUUCAGCGCUUGAACGAUGGCUUAGGAUCGUGUGCAGAGGCUUUGUAUUCUGGAUCACAAGAUCUAGAGGACGAAUUGCCUUACCAAUCGCACAUAUUCCCAAUGACAUUCAGAUGGAAUCAAGAGAGAUCUUCAAAAACUAUGCAAUGGUCAAGAAAACCACGCGAGGUGACUUCAUGCGGCAAGAAAACUGCAACUACAAUCACAGAAAAACAUUUUGCUCCAAGGGCAAUGGGAGCGAAAGUCGUGAAAAGACAAAAGAAUUGGACAAGGAGGCCAAGGGUCUUGUUCUAUUAUAUAAUGAUGACUGUCUGAGCUUCUUUCAAGCAAAUAUAAAGGGGUAA